UCUUCGUUAUUCGUUGGUUUCGUUGAAGUUGAAGUUUGUUCGUUUGUUUCAAAACAAACAAAUCGUUUAUGAAGGUUAGGUACUAAGUAUAAUGUUUUGAAUUAUUUGUUCCUUGGUUUAUGUAUUUUGGUUUAUUAUUUAAAUAGGUACCUAGUAAUAUAAUAAAUAACCCGCCUAUCAAAUAAAAAUGUCUGUAGCAGGAGGACAACUAGCCCAACAAUUGCAACAAGAUCUUCAAAAUGAACUUACAACAGCUAACCAACUCUUACGAUUAAUAUCCCUAGAACUACAGCAAAUCAAGCAUUUCACCAGAAGCAAUGGAGAAUUUGAGGCUAAUAUAAAAGAGAAUGCAUCUUUACUCACAACUCUGGGAAGCCUGCAGCAAAUUGACCUAGAAAAUAUACCUCCAAUGGCAAGAAAGCAAAUAGACAUGAGUAACCAUUCAAAUAACAAUGUAUCAUAUCAACAACAUGAAACUUUUAGAAACAGUUCUGGGAUAGACAAUUGAUAAUAUUUAUAAUAGACAGUACACUGAAGAUUUUGGUAAUGUCAUUGAUAACCAUAUAAACACCAUUUAAAACGUAACCAGAUAUAAAUAAGUUACCACAAAAAUGAUGAUGCAUGUUCAAAUUGGUAAACUCUUAGAUUAUGCAUGAAAAUAAACCAAAUCAAUAUUU